AUGUCAGAAGAGCUAGCUGCUCCGUCGGAGACCUCGCGCUCAGAGCUCGAUGCUCAGCUGGAGCCCGGGCACUCGCGCUCAAGGCGCGAGAACCGGGCCCGCAACGUGGAGAUCGCCGGGGGCUUCUUUCGGAACGCCUCCAGAAUUGGCACGGAGAAGGUGUCAACCCAGGAAAUCUCCGCCCCGGUUGGCCGCUUGCGCUGGCUUCUUCAGACCUACGCCUUUGCCAAUUUCAUGGGCGUCGUAGUUUUUGCGGAUGGCAUCUGCACCUGCGCCGAAAUCAAUUCCAGAGCUGCAAGGACACCGGUGGAACCAAUUUACGCAACGCUGGCAGAUGUCUGCUUGACGCUCUACACGCUGGAAAUCAUGGCCCGAACGUAUGUGUUCGGAAGAGAAAUACUCUCAGACUGGGUGACAGCAAUGGACUUGGCUGUUGUUAUUUGCGGAUGGGUGGAAGUCAUACUUAACGCCGUGGCCGCAGACAGUUUCGUACGCGUUAGCAUGCUGAGAGCAGUGCGCUUGGUCCGAAUCUUGCGGCCAAUCCGGCUGCUCAAACGCAUUCGUAUGCUGCGGGAGCUCCACAAGCUGACGAUCAUGAUGGCGACUUGCUUUCGCACUUUGCUGUGGAGCUUCUUGCUGUGCUUCGUAGUGAUGACGGGCUGGGCGAUGCUGAUGGUUGAGGUGGUGUACCCCGUGGUGCGGGAACUCAACGAGAAGCAGGGCCUCUUCGAAGACUGCCCGCAGUGUAUGACAGCGACAUCUUCGGUGAUGGAGGCCAACUUGCUUCUCUUCAAAACCGUCAUUGCAGGGGACAGCUGGGGUGAGCUCGCCGUCCCAGUCAUCCAGGCGCACCCGGCCACAGCUUUCAUUUUUAUUGGCUCUUUGCUGACGCUUGUCUUCGGCGUGCUCAAUCUAAUUGUAGCGGUGGUUGUGGACACUUUUGCAGACGCCCGCCUGAAUGAUGUGGAGGCGCUGGCUGAGGAGAUCGAGGAUGAAAUAGACCAUGAUAAGAAGAACUUAGAGAAGCUCUUCAAGCGCAUCGACAAAGAGGGAAGCGGACAGCUGACUGUGGAGGGGCUUAAAGAUGCUGCCCGCAAUGAUGCGUUAUUUCAAAGUCGCCUUCGAGUCAUGGACAUUGACGAGAAUGAUCUGCAGCAGCUGUUUCAAAUGAUCGACAAGGACCAGUCUGGCACGAUUGAAGUGUCUGAAUUCAUCGGGCCGCUAAGUCGGUGGGCGUAUGAUUCCAAGACGGCUCCGCGAUUCAUCAAGUACAAUUUGCUGCAGACCAUGAGCUUGCAGGAGGACCUCUUUGAUUUUACUGCAGACGGGUUCAUGGACUUAAACAACAAGCUCGACUUUCUGGCGAACAAAGUGCAGAUUUGGAGCUUGGCCCGGCGCGCCCAACUACUUUCAUCUCACAGCACUUUCGAUCACGGCGCGGCGGAGCCAGCCGUGCAGAAAGCGUGCAGCACGGAGGAGGCGGACUUGGAGUUUCCAGACAUCGCAGAGUCUCAGACUUGCCCCAUCCAGCUGAAGUCAAUGAAUGGAACCCAGAGCAGUGAAGUCGACUCGGCCAUCGCCGAUGUGCUGGCCAAGAUUGAGGCCAAGAUGGAGCUGGUCCUCGCGGAGGUCCGGGGUCGGGCGAGCAAGGAGCCCACCCUGAGCAGAGAGUCCUCCAUGCGAUUUCGGUCGCACCGCGGAACCGGAUGGCAAGAGCCUGGGCCCCUCCCGAGCAUCACAUUCACCCACUUCAACUCCCGUGGCAUCCUGGAUCGGAGUUCAAUGAAGGUGGAGUUCUGCGUGCAGGCUCAGCCAAAGAAGCUCACGCUGUCUGACUGCGCAGUGGAUCCUGCAAAUGAUGUGACGAUGCCUGGCACGGCGGAGUAUGUCAAGGCAAACUACGGAUUUCUCCCUGUGGCAGCGCAAGCCAAAGCCUGCGACUCUCUUUGCUGCUUGGAGCAGGUGGCUUGCCCUGCAAACUCCCACGGUGUCAGCACAGUCCUUGGAUGCGUUUGCGACAAGGGCUACCAUGGCGCCAUCACUGCCAUUGCCCAGCCGCCGUACAGCAAGGGUACCUGCGAAUCGGUAGCCUGCCCAACCAACUCCCGCGGGGAGAGCGUGGGCAAAGGAUGCAAGUGCGAGGCUGGCUAUAGUGGCCAGAUUGUGGCGACUCGGGAGGCCCCCUACUACCGGGGAACUUGCGUGAAAGUGCCGUGCCCUGAGAGCACUGUGGGGGACUACAUCGCGGACGGGUGCCAGUGCGCGGCUGGCACCAAUGGCGGCAUUGCUGCGUUGGACAUUCUGCCAUAUUACAGUUCUACCUGCCAAGCAGUGGCGUGCCCCACCAACAGCAGCGGCGCAAAUGUUGUGGAGGGGUGCUCCUGCUUGCCGGGCUUCCGGGGGUCCCUGAAGCCGUCGCUCUUGGACCCUUUCUUCACAGGCGCCUGCGAGGCCGUAACCUGCCCUCCAGAAGCAGAGGGCGCCAGUGUGCCGGAAGGAUGUGACUGCAAGGCUGGCUACAAAGGCAAGGUGACGCCCAUCUCAGAGAAUCCCUUCUUCAACAGCAGCUGCGUGGAGGUGGCUUGCCCGACUGGGACUUUUGGGAGUGACGUGCUGGCUGGCUGCACCUGCCUGGCGGGCAGCGCUGGCAACAUUUCAGCAGCCAAGGUGGCUCCUUUCUACCAGGGCAACUGCUCGGCGGUGGGCUGCCCGUCAACCGCCAUGGGCACCAACCUCCAGGAGGGCUGCAGCUGCCCAGAGGGCCACGAAGGCUCCGUCACGGCCACGGCAGAGGCGCCCUACUUCAAGUCGACAUGCAAGGCUGUGGCCUGCCCGCGCCAUUCCAACGGCUCCAACGUUUUCGAGGGCUGCAAGUGCAAUGCUGGCUUCAAAGGCGAAGUCGAAGCUACCCGUCACAGCCCUUACUACACAUCCACCUGCGCUGCCGUAGCAUGCCCUGCGCAUUCAGCAGGUGCCUCUGUACCAGAGGGCUGCCAGUGCAAGCCGGGCUACGAGGGCACCAUCGUGGCCAGCUCCACGGCGCCCUUCUACAGCGGCAGCUGCAAGCCGGUGCCCUGCCCGGUCAGCUCCAGAGGCCUCAGCGUGCCGCAGGGAUGCACCUGUGAUCCGGGCACUGCCGGAGAGGUUUGGGCGCGGGACACGGCGCCCUUCUACAGAAGCACUUGCGAGCCCUUGCCUUGCCCCUCGCACUCGGUGGGCACCGAUGCGGUAAGCGGCUGUAGCUGUGAUUCCGGCUUCGCUGGUCAGGUUACAGGAAAAGUCGGCGGUGUCAAGGACACCUGCACAGCAGAGCCGUGCCCUGCGCAUUCCGAGGGCCACUCAAUUCCUGCCGGGUGCAGCUGCAAAGCGGGCUUCGCCGGCACUAUCCAAGCCACCACCACGUCGCCAUACUACAACGGCACUUGCUUUGCAGUGCCUUGCCCUGAUGGCUCCACUGGGCCGAACGUGUCAGCUGGAUGCACCUGCAAUGCAGGCUACAGCGGCUCCGUGAAGGCCACGAAGACGGCGCCCUUCUACGACAGCACCUGCACGGCGGAGGCCUGCCCCGAAGACAGCUCCAACGGACUGGAUAUAGCCAGCGGCUGCAAUUGCAACGCAGGUUACAGCGGCUCUAUUGAGGCCUCCGAGAAGGCGCCCUUCUACAAGGGCAGCUGCACGGCCAUCCCCUGCCCAGCCAAUUCCACGGGCGUGGAUGUGCCCACUGGCUGCAAGUGCCUGCCCGGCUUCAGCGGAUCUGUGGAGGCCACCACAACGGCUCCUUACUUCACCAGCACCUGCCAGCUGGUGCAGUGCCCACAGCACAGCGAGUCCACCAAGACCCACGAGUUCGGCUGCAAGUGCAAGGGCGGCUUCAGUGGCGAGAUUGUGCCCAGCACGGUAGCCCCUUAUUUCAGCGGCAAGUGCGCAGAGGUGCCAUGCCCCACCAGCAGCAGAGGCGCCAGCGUCAGCCAGGGAUGUGGCUGCGAGGCAGGCUUCAAGGGCUCGGUGGUGGCCACACAGCAGACACCCUUCUACCAGAGCACCUGCGAGGCCAUGAGCUGCCCCAAUGGCACCUCGGGCAAGUCCCUCAGCGCGGGCUGCCUCUGCGCGGCCGGGGAAAUGGGCGACGUCACAGCCACCAGCAGCGCGCCGUUCUACAAGAGUACUUGCACUCCGUUGAACUGCCCAGCCAACACCACGGGCCAGAAUCUCGUGAAGGGUUGCAAGUGCGCUCCGGGCUUCAGCGGAUCAGUGGCCGCUUCUUCGGUGGCGCCCUACUAUGUCAGCAGUUGCACUGCGGUGCCAUGCCCCAACUCUGAGGGCACAAACGUGGCCAGCGGCUGCCACUGUCGGGCUGGCUACCAGGGCCACAUUAGCCCGACCGACGCCGCUCCUUACUACAAGGGCGCCUGCACUCCGGUGGCCUGCCCCGCCAACUCAGAGGGCAUUGACCUCUCUGCCGGCUGCACAUGUAAAGCGGGCUUCAAGGGCUCCAUCAACGCCACCAGCGCCUCUCCCUUCUUCUCGGGCGUUUGCUCGGCGGUGGCCUGUCCCAAGGACUCGGAGGGCGAGAGCACGCCCAAAGGCUGCCGAUGCAAAGCCGGGUUCAACGGCAAGGUGCUGGCGACCACCAAGGCGCCUUUCUUCGAGAGCUCCUGCCAGGCAGUUCCGUGCCCUGUGAACUCGGAGGGGGCAGAUGUGGCGGCCGGGUGCUCCUGCAAGGCCGGCUACUCUGGCAAGAUCGUUGCGUCCGCCAGCUCCCCCUUCUUCACGGGUAACUGCACCCCCAUCAGCUGCCCAGCUCACUCCAGCGGCAGCAGCGUGGCAGCGGGCUGCAUUUGCAACCCGGGCUACAGCGGCACCAUCGCGGUGCAGAAGACGUCGCCCUACUUCUCCGGGACUUGUGCAGCCGUGGCCUGCCCCGAGAACUCCAUUGGCUUAAACGUGGCCAGCGGCUGUACUUGCAAGGCAGGCUUCAGCGGCACCAUCGAGGCCUCGCGUGAUGCGCCUUAUUUUGAGGGCAGCUGCUUAUCAGUGGACUGUGCGGAGAACUCUCUUGGGAACUCUGUUGCAGAAGGCUGCACCUGCGCCGCUGGCUUCAGUGGGAAGAUCACCAAGAGCACGGAGGCGCCCUUCUACGAAGGCAGCUGCGUGCCGGUGAACUGCCCGGCCAACUCUGCGGGCGUGGACGUGAGCUCCGGGUGCAGCUGCAACGAGGGCUUCGGCGGCUCGGUCUCGGCGACCAGCACGGCGCCGUACUACAAGAGCACCUGCCAGGCAGUGCCCUGCCCGGCCAACGCGGAGGGCUCAAGCGUGGCAGAGGGCUGCACUUGCAGCCCCGGCUUCAGUGGCACGGUGGUCGCCAGUGCUGAGGCGCCCUUCUACGCCAGCAGCUGCGAAGCGGUGCCCUGCCCGGCAGAUUCCCAAGGGUCCAACGUGGCCGCGGGCUGCAGCUGCAAGGCGGGCUUUUCCGGCGCCAUCGUCGCCAAGACGGAUCUGCCCUACUUCGAUGGCAGCUGUCAGGCAGUGACCUGCCCCGCUCACUCCAGGGGCGUGGAUGUGCCCAGUGGCUGCACCUGCGAGGACGGCUACAAAGGUACAAUCUUGGCAUCAAGCAAGACUCCUUUCUACAGUGGCAGCUGCGAGGCGGUCGCCUGCCCUCUGAACACCAAAGGCGCCAGCGUGGCGGAGGGCUGCUCCUGCGCUACGGGCUACUCGGGCUCGGUGUCUGCCACCUCCACGACUCCCUUCUACGACAACGACUGCGCCCCAGUGCAAUGCCCGGCAAACUCCAAGGGCAGCAGCGUGGCUGCCGGCUGCAGCUGCAAUGCAGGCUUCUCAGGUAGCAUCACGGCCACUGGCAGCGCUCCCUUCUUCUCUGGGAAGUGCGAGGACGUGGCGUGCCCGGCGGACUCCACGGGAGACUCCGUGGCCGCAGGCUGCCGCUGCAAUGCCGGCUUCAGCGGCGUGAUCAAGGCGAGCUCCACGAAGCCGUUCUACACCGGCAGCUGCUUGGCAGAGGCCUGCCCAGACAACUCUGAAGGCCUGGACUUGGGCAGUGGCUGCAAGUGCAAGGCCGGGUACAGCGGUACCAUCACCGCCACCCAGGUGACACCCUACUACUGCGGCACUUGCGAGGCAGUGCCCUGCCCCCAGUACUCCACGGGCCCGGAUGUGGCCACAGGCUGCGACUGCCAGGACGGCGUGGGCACCGUGACGCCUUCAAGCGAAGCGCCUUUCUAUGCCUGGGGCCUAAGGUGA